CGCCGCGGCGGCCGCUGCUGCCGCCGCCGCCGCUGCCUGGAUAUAGUGCGGCAAGGCGCGGAGCUUGCAGUCACUUUGCGAGGAGGAGCGCGCGGGCUGCGGGCGGCUGGGGCAGCCAGGAGCAGCGGCGGGCUAGCAGAGGCGGCCGUGGCAGCGGAAGGUUCUCUCUCCGGGGCUGGACUUAAUAACUUUGGAACUGUCCGCCGGUGUCACGUCCUGAACAUGAGCCUCCUCUUCUCCUUCUACCUGCUCGGGUUGCUUGUCAGUAGCGGGCAAGCUCUUCUUCAAGUGACAAUUUCACUUAGCAAAGUAGAGCUUAGUGUGGGUGAAUCUAAAUUCUUCACAUGUACAGCCAUUGGUGAGCCUGAGAGUAUAGAUUGGUAUAAUCCUCAAGGAGAGAAGAUCAUUUCCACGCAGAGGGUGAUGGUCCAGAAGGAAGGUGUCAGGUCACGACUAACCAUUUAUAACGCAAACAUAGAAGAUGCAGGGAUUUAUCGCUGCCAAGCGACAGAUGACAAAGGCCAGACACAAGAAGCUACAGUAGUUCUGGAAAUUUACCAGAAACUCACCUUCAGAGAAGUGGUAUCCCCUCAAGAGUUCAAGCAAGGGGAGGAUGCUGAAGUGGUCUGCAGGGUUAGCAGCUCACCCGCUCCUGCUGUCAGCUGGCUGUAUCACAAUGAGGAAGUCACCACCAUUCCCGACAAUCGGUUUGCUGUGCUUGCAAACAAUAACUUGCAGAUUCUCAACAUCAAUAAAAGUGAUGAAGGUAUAUACAGAUGUGAAGGAAGAGUGGAGGCAAGGGGAGAGAUUGACUUCCGGGAUAUCAUUGUUAUUGUCAAUGUUCCUCCAAUCAUUGUGAUGCCCCAGAAGUCCUUCAAUGCUACUGCAGAGAGAGGAGAAGAGAUGACAUUAACUUGCAGGGCCUCAGGCUCUCCAGAUCCUACCAUCUCUUGGUUUCGGAAUGGCAAGCUCAUUGAAGAAAAUGAAAAAUACAUUUUAAAGGGCAGUAAUACAGAGCUCACGGUCAGAAAUAUAAUCAACAAAGAUGGUGGUUCUUAUGUCUGCAAAGCCACAAAUAAGGCAGGAGAAGAUGAAAAGCAGGCUUUCCUUCAAGUCUUUGUACAGCCGCAUAUAUUACAACUUCAGAAUGAGACAACAUCUGAGAAUGGUCAUGUCACACUCAUCUGUGAGGCAGAAGGCGAGCCUAUUCCAGAAAUCACCUGGAAAAGAGCAGUGGAUGGAGCCACAUUUUCUGAAGGUGAUAAGAGCCCAGAUGGCCGAAUUGAAGUCAAAGGGCAGCGGGGACAUUCGUCACUGCACAUCAGAGAUGUGAAGUUAUCGGAUUCAGGGAGAUAUGAUUGUGAGGCUGCGAGUAGGAUCGGUGGGCACCAGAGAAGCAUGCAUCUUGACAUUGAAUAUGCUCCUAAGUUUGUUUCAAAUCAGACAAUUUACUAUUCUUGGGAAGGAAAUCCAAUCAAUAUAAGUUGCGAUGUGACAUCAAAUCCACCUGCAUCAAUCCAUUGGAGAAGAGAGAAAUUGGUCUUACCAGCUAAAAACACCACUCAUUUAAAGACAUACAGUGUCGGGAGAAAGAUGAUACUAGAGAUUGCCCCUACAUCAGAAAACGACUUUGGACGAUAUAACUGCACUGCUACUAACCGUAUAGGAACAAGGUUUCAGGAAUAUAUUCUUGAGUUAGCAGAUGUACCCUCUAGUCCUCAUGGAGUGAAGAUUGUAGACCUGUCUCAGACUACAGCCAAGAUCUUGUUCAACAAACCUGACUCCCACGGUGGUGUGCCUAUUCAUCACUAUCAAGUGGAUGUCAAAGAAAUGGCAUCAGAAACCUGGAAAAUAGUACGCUCCCAUGGAGUUCAAACAAUGGUUGUCUUGAGCAGCCUGGAACCAAAUACAACUUAUGAAAUCAGGGUUGCAGCAGUAAAUGGAAAAGGGCAAGGGGACUACAGUAAAAUAGAAAUAUUCCAGACACUGCCAGUCCGUGAGCCAAGUCCCCCUUCCAUACAUGGACAGCCAAGCAGUGGGAAGAGUUUUAAAAUCAGCAUCACAAAACAGGAUGACGGAGGGGCUCCUAUUUUAGAAUACAUUGUGAAAUACAGAAGUAAAGAUAAGGAAGACCAGUGGCUGGAGAAGAAGGUGCAGGGGAAUAAAGACCACAUUAUUCUGGAACAUCUGCAGUGGACAAUGGGCUACGAGGUGCAAAUCACAGCUGCCAACAGAUUGGGGUAUUCUGAGCCCACUGUAUACGAGUUCAACAUGCCCCCAAAGCCCAACAUUAUUAAAGACACACUUUUUAACGGUCUUGGGCUAGGAGCCAUUAUUGGCCUGGGAGUCGCUGCCCUCUUGCUAAUCCUUGUGAUAACAGAUGUCAGCUGCUUCUUCAUUCGACAAUGUGGGUUACUAAUGUGCAUUACUAGGAGAAUGUGUGGGAAGAAAAGUGGAUCCAGCGGGAAAAGUAAAGAACUUGAAGAAGGAAAGGCGGCGUACCUGAAAGAUGGGUCAAAAGAACCAAUAGUGGAAAUGAGAACAGAGGAUGAAAGAAUCACUAAUCAUGAAGAUGGCAGUCCAGUGAAUGAGCCAAACGAAACCACACCAUUAACAGAACCUGAAAAAUUGCCUUUAAAAGAAGACAAUGGAAAAGAAGUCCUAAAUGCAGAAACUAUAGAAAUUAAAGUGUCUAAUGACAUCAUCCAGUCUAAAGAAGAUGACAGCAAAGCAUGACCACAAGUUUCAGCACCUUGGUUAGCACCGCAAAGAGCAAUUGGAUUGCCGUGACACUUUGACCAAAUCUAUUCCAUUGACCUUAAUUUCUUGGAAAACGUCUAGCUUGGAAUAGCUUGUACACAUAUACAUAUGAUCAAUUCCUCCUGUCACAGUUCAUUUCCUUUUGUUAUUGCUGUUGUGGUUGUUGGUUUUGUUAAGUAUUUCCGUAUAAAGUCUUGAUUGGCACCAGGUUUGGUUAUCAGUUUGAUUCUAUGACUGAAGUGUUACAAUUUAUUAUAUGGCUAAAGGGCUUUUCUUUUUAAAAUUUUGUUUUAUGUAGCACCAACGGAUGUAUUUCAGCUCUCAAAAAUAUUAGGUUGUGAUAGAAGGCAGAGCAAAAUUAUUCUGAGAUAAAUGUGUACAAAAGCCCUGCAUGUUGAUGAAUCUUAUCUUGGGCAAACACACUAUUAAAAUGGCUUUCAGAUUAAGAUGAAGGCACAUAACAAAGGUUAUACUUUUUAUCAAAAAAAUUUCAGGGAACCCAGGCUGGAAGGAGCCAGUCAUUUAUCUUUUGCAGAUAUUAGAAAGUGAAAAAAUGUUAGAGAACUUGUUUCAACGUAUGACCACAUUGCAUUUUUGACAUUGAUCUUGGAUACAGUGAUACCAGAUCUAAACUCUUACACAUCAGAAAGAAGAUUAGUUGUGUGUAAAAUUAGAUUAGAAAAACUCCCUAAAUCUCUUUUUAUGUAUACCAUAUUCACUCACAGUGGAUUACACAAAACGUAAAUGUAUUACAAGUAAAAAUGGUAUUGAUUUCUGCCCUCAGCUUCAAAUAAAGUGAAUUUAAAUGGGAAAAUACCAAUAUGCUUUCUUGAUAUAUUUAUAAAUACAUGAUUAUUUUUAUUUAUAUAUAUAAUUUAUCAAAAAAUAAAGUUGUUUUUAAGUACUUCGAGUCAUAUUAGAUAUGUUUUGGUAUAUAGAUUUAGGUGGUCAUUAUUAUUAUUAUUAUGUAUCCCUCUUUAAAUGUAAGUGGCUAAUAACAUUGAAAGUAUAUAUUAGAGUGAACUAAUUAAACAUUCAAAUGUUCCAAGAGGAUUGAAGAACUGAAAUGCUACUAUUGACUUAUUUUCAAGUAGUACAAUUUAAAAUCCAUUUUACACCAAUUUUAAGGUAUUUAAUAAACAGCUACAGUUAAAACAAUCAUUUAGCUAUUCUAUAUAGACUUUCUAAUACUAUUUCUUAAGGAUUACACAAGAAUAUGAUAGUUACUAACUUACAAGCUAUGCAAACUCCCUGAGGUCAAAGUCUGAACUAUGAUUUAACGUAUGUAAAAGGAAAAAAAAAGAUUUGUAGCUAUCAAUAUACAUAGGUGGGGAGCAGGGUUAAAUGAUUUCUUAAGUCAGAGUUCCUAAAGCUACUAUAGUCUCCCUCUUCCUCACAGACUUUGGUGUUCUGGUACCAAGUGAAUAGCUCCAAUAUUGGUGCAUUUGAGACCACAUUCUCAUAGUUCAUUGGAUGAAUAUUUUUAACACUGAAGAUGGCCCUGCUCUUAUACUAUGAGGUAAUUUCUUGAAAAUUAUAUACAACAUUAGUGCCACUCUGGAAUACUUCUCUUGGUAAAGUGUUUAAACUUGCCGUCCAAGGAGAGAUAAAUGUUUUAUUGUAUCUUUUACCUCACCUGCUGACUGUCAGCUAGACCAACUGUGCCCAACUGCAUGAAAAGAUGCUUUAAUCUUCACAGUGCUUUGUAGGAAAUUCUGGAUUAUUGCAGGGGUCUCUCCUUGAUGCCAAUCCUGGCAUAUUCUGAAGAGAGAGAGAGAGAAAGACAGAGGGAAAAAACCCAAAACCUAAUUAAGAAUCUGAACGGUGUCUAUCUAAAAUAAGCAAACAAACCAGUUUAACCCUUUUCAAACUUGCUUACCAAACAUUUUCUCGAUUGAUUUGUAUAGGGUGUUUAGCUUAUGUUUGCCGGGUCUUUUUAGUUUCAUUCUUUAAGGUGUACUUCUUUCUGCUUGUUUUACUUUGUACCAAAUGUACUAAAAUUAGUCAAAAUACUUGAAUUUAUUUGUUUGUGUAAGUGAACAGUCUUAGUAGUGGUGUCUAUGAAGCAAAAGCCAUGAACACUGAUUUUUUUCCUCAAUAGAACGACAUGGUUUUAAAUUAAUGCUAUAAAAUAAUUUGUAUGACUGGUAAAGCAAUUUAGCAUGUUUUGAAUUGUCAUAUGUGUGCUAUAACACAAGAACAGAGAAAUAAGGAGAGCAAAAUAUCUUUUGUGUUUUCUCAAUUUGAAGCUUUAAUUUUAUCAUGUCUUCAGUUUUUCUAUGUAAAAAAAACUGAAUUAAAUUUAUACACAUAGUCUUAAAUCUUUUGUCAUCGUAUGGAGCCAUUGGAAAACUUUGGAUAGAGUCCAUGGAUGCUUUCAGGUGUUUCAGAGAUGCUGAAUUUGUGGUGUCUUAGAAAUCAAUUCUCUGCAGACAACAUAUUGAUGUGGUAAACUUUUUAAGAUUUCAAAGAAAUUCUCCUAAUCACACAGCUUGUAAAGUAUCCAAAUGAGAAUGCCAUAUAGUGAAUUCUCAAUUUAUAAGUAAGCCUGAAAUGAUUUUUUUUAGUUUUUAAUUCUAUUUUAGUCUAAAUGAAUUUAUGUAACUUUUACUAUCUGAAAGUCCACUUCCAUGUUAUAACAAAAUGUCCACUGGACAAAAUUUAAGUAUUGUUAUGGUAAUCUGAACCUUACACCAAUUUAAAAAGGUGCAAAUGUAAGGUUAGGAGCUGAUAAAAUGACAAUCUAUAUUUGACACCCCAAGAGAGAAAAAUGUAAUAUUUGAAUUUUAAUACAUGUUGUAUUUUUAAAACUGACACAAAUAUUUCAAAAUAAUUUACAUUGAUGUUUGAAUGCAUCAAAAUUGUGAUUUCAACAGGUUAAUUUAUUAUUUUGUGGAUAAGAUAUAUUACUGUUCUAUUUAUACUAAUGUCUAACAUUAACAGUCUUUAAAACUUUUAUUUUUUAAUCUUAAUACCUAUAUCAUUAUUUCAAAAUAGUUUUGACCCGACAAACUUCAUAUGAAUCUUAGAUUUUUUGUGUUAAGAAUCUAUAUAAAUAAAAUAGAUAUUAGUAAUCGAAUGAAUCAUAAGUUAUAGCAAUUAUUUGUAUAUUAAAAUCAUCUCUUUAUUUUGAAUAAUUAACAGGUAUUUGUGCCUUUAUAAUAGCAUGACAUUCCUUUAAAGAAAAACUACAACUACUAUAUGUGUUUUGAUCAUGCAUAUGACACUAAACCUGGAUUUUUUUACAAUCAAUUAAUAAACUUUACUGUAACCCACAAUAUAUAUACAAUCAAAUUUAUUUUUAUUUACAAUAAAACAACACUUUAGUCCAUUAAUAAGAUAUUUUAGUUGGAUCUGUAUUGUUUUUCUAGAUGAUAAGUAUGUAUUUGGAAAAUUGUGAUAUUAGCUCUAAGAAAUACAACAGAUGCUAUUUGCAACCAGGGCGGUUACUAUGGGGUCACUUGGGUCUUCACUGUUUUGUGGAGAUCAUAAAUCAUCCAUGUGAUGGCAAGAUAAACAAAUAUCAAAAUAUCUAUAAUUGAAAUAGUAAGAGAAGUUUACAUUUUUAAUUUAAAAAUAUUGGUGAUGCAUAUAAUAGCUAUUUAAAAUUACAUUAUUUUUCAUGGAAAAUAAUGUAAAUGUUUAGUUUGAUUUUCUCAUGGAAAAUUUAGAGGGACUGUUUCUUUUCAAAACAUUUCAUUAAAUCUGAAAUCAUUUACAAUGAGAACAUUUUUAUAUAUCUUCAAUUUCCACUCCUUAUUAACCCUUCGGAAUAGUCUGUCUAAAACUGAAAUAGCAUAUAGGUAGAAUUUCAUAUGCUAAACUUAAAUUGUGUUUGGUUGAAAAUUAAAAUUUAAUCACAGAAGUUAAAUUAUUAAAGAUAAUAUUAUAUAUAUAUAGUCUUAAUAAUAUUCUAAUAUGAAACAACUGCUUGUAUAAAUGAAAACAUUAUAAAAGGCCUAGCAAUAGUAAGUGCUGAGUACAUGUAAUUUUCUUCCAGGCUUCACUAUUUUAUUAUUUUAAAUUGUGUUCAACCAUGUAGAUGGAGCUACUUAUCCACACUAUACAAGAUUACUAAAAUAAUAACUAUUUUUUUCAUAUAAGUCUAUGACAUUUAUAUUAUAUAUAAUGGUGAAUAUUUAUUUGUUAACAUAUUUAGUAGUCUUACAAACUAUUCAUUAUUACUACAUAGUUUUAUGAUAAUUUAAAUCAAUUAGUUAAUAUAGUUUCUUUAAUCUUAGUUUGACAUGAUUUUCUCAUUACUGACCAAACAUUGUUCAUGAUGAUUUUUAUAGAAAUUUCCAAUGUAAAUGUAUAUAUCACAACUUUAUUCUUUUCUAAUUUACAAUCCUAUAUCUUUAGUGUCUAAUUUUAGCCUUGAAUGGAAGAAAAUAAGAAAAUGAUCUUUGGAGCAUUUCUAUCAAUAACAAACAGAAGAGUUAAGAUACAGAAAUGCCUAAUCAAGGGAUAAAAUCAUUUUUAGGUAAAUGGUUAUGCCAAUGAAAGUAGAGCAAAGACAAAACUCUAACAGCAUCUGAAAGAUCAUUUAACAGAGAUAAACUCUAUAAUUCAACUUGAAAAUAUGAUGUUUAAACUAACACCGUGCUAUAAAAUUAUAUAAUUAAAAACAAAAAAAUUUUGCAUUCUCAAAAAAUGUUUCUUAAGGAUUUGUCUCUAACCCUUUGAGAACAAAAUCAACAAUUACAAAAGAGUUUAAAAACACAUUUGGAGGUAUGGAAAUUCUAUCUUUAUUCUCAAAUAAUAAAACAUGACAUCACAUAUUUUUAACUUAUACAUUUUAUCCAAAUUGUGUAUAGUUAACUAUCAUGUUUUCUUAUUAUUUCAAUAUAGUAUGUCCCUAUGAAAUGCUGUAUAUAUAUGUCUAAACUGUAAAAAGUAUACUGCAAAUGUUGAAGUUUUGUAUUUAUGAAAGACAUUGAAAGUAUGGCUUAUGGUAUUUCAAAAUUGUCACUCUUCACCAUUUGUAUAUUAAUAGUAAAGAUACUUUUACUUUAAUAAAGUGUCAAAUUUUAUGUUUUUUUCUAAUUCUAUCUCACUAGUGAGAGAGCUUUUAUGUAACAAAAUCUUAGUUUCUGGAAAUUACAAACAUAUCACUAGGCAGCCAGAAAACAAAUCCUUUCUGCCAUCUUGUUUUAAUUGAAUUAUAGCAUUAUGGCCUAUCAACAGUGCCCUGAUCAGAAAAAAAAAUAAAUGAUUCAGAUAGACUGUCCCAUAAGCAUCAUUAGUAUCAACAAGGAAACAAUGAGAAAUAAAUUUGUGUGAAUCUGACCAUAGACUACUGUAUCUCUAGAUCCUUUGAUAGGAACCCAGACAUAGAGCCUUAAUGAAAUUUUCUUAUUAUGGUUGUGUAUUGGGAAGUUUGCGUCUACUUGAGUAUCAGAGACACUUCUUGUUUUGCUGAUUUUCUACAUAUUUCACUUUCAAUGCAUGAGCUUAAGGAUCCUACUAUGUUUAAGAAAUAAUACUUUAGCACACAGAAUGAUUUGCUGCCAAGUCAUGUGAUCUACAAAAUAAAGAAAUAAGUCUUUGGAAAAAUAAUUUACUCAGAAAAGAUGAAUUUUGGAAGCAGUACUUACAUAAGCAAACAGAAGGCGCAGUUUAAAAAAAAUAAAGAGAAAAAAGGAAGAUAUUAUAGAUAAAUUUAGACCUAAAUAACUAAUAUCCAUUUCCACUUUAUGCUGAAAUUCUUUUUUACAUUAUUAACUUUAAAAGAAAGGUGUUAAAGAAACUGACUAUGUAAAUCGAUACAUCACAACUAUAUUUUCUUUUCUGAUAUAAAACACAUUUGUUUUAGUGUCUAAUUUUGGUCUUCCUUAGAAGUCCCCACGCUGAAAACACAGGUCUUAGCAACACGGCUUCACAAACAUGAUCUUAACAAGACUCACACCAGUACUCAUGACAAAGUGAAAGUGGAAAAUCCAAUGAAACAGGAGACUAUACAAAGAAUUAUAGAAUUGGUAAGGGUGGUAGAAAUAGUCUCCUUUAGUAAAGAAAACACAAUUUGGUUACCCUACAUCAGUUGGACAACGCUAAAAGCAUACAUACAAAUCUCAUCAUACAGACUGAGGAAGGUAUAGUUAGUAAUGUUUAUGUAUAUGCAUACACAUGCAAUAACAAUAAAUAAAAGAAGAUAUGAAUUUGAAAGACCUCUAAAAGGGAGAGGCAUAGAGGGUCUGGAGGAAGGAAAGAAAAGUGAGAAAUGUAAUUAAAAUGCUACAUUUUAAAAUUAUAAACAUAAGAUAAUUUGUAUGUUUCAAAAUACCCUUUCAGUAUUGAGAUUGCUUUUUUUUGGAAGGGGGUCAUUUUUCAUAAAUAGACAUUUAUAUAGAGGAUUUAUAAUUUGUUGCACUGGUUAAUUUAUUUUACUGUUGUUGUUAAGUCACUAUAAAAUAAUCCUUUAAAACAAAACAAAUAAAUAAGCAGAAAUAUCAAUAAUACUAAAUGUCAAAUUUGGUUUUGUUUUUAAAGCAGGCUUUCUCUCUACAGGUAUGGAGCCUGUCCUGGAACUCACUCUGUAGACGUUGCUGGCCUUGUACUCACAGAGAUCUGCCUGUACCUGCCUCUCAAUUGCUGGGAUUAAAGGUGUGCGCCACCACCACUUGGCUAAAUGUCAAAUUUUUAUAAGGGGCUUCUUUCAACAGAGUUCUUCUCCAAAACAAGAACAUCCCGUUUUUUGGUUAAAUUCUCCAAAGUAGCUUUUAUCAUUCAGAGG